CCAUCCCUAUUACCACGUGCGUUUUAUUCCGCUUAAACCACGCGUUGUUCACAUUUCGGCGACAAAUUUGCCCGAAAGUAAUCUAUUUUAAAUAGCCUGACUGACUGAAAACAUUUUAACUAGCAAAAUGGCUCAAAAGAAACACGCUGUAGCCGCUGUAAAGAAGUCCGAGAAUGGUGUUAAGAAGCCAGUCGGCAACAAGCGCGGGGCAAAGCCAAAGGCGGCGCAGAUCGACGAGGAGGUUGUGGCCACCCAAACGCAGACAAGGCAGUCCAAAAGAAAGCUAGAGCAACAAGUGCAGCAAAGCGAGGAUGAGUCCGAUUCCGAGCAGGAUCAGAGUGCCGUCAAAUCUGAGGAAGGCAGCGAGUCCGAGGAAGAACAAAAAGGUUCAGAUUUAAUUGAUGGUGAAGCUGUUGAAGACGAUGGCGAUGAGGAGGAUGAUGAUGAUGACGAUGAAGAUGAUGACGAUGACGAUGACGAUUCUAGCGACGAACCUGGCCAGAUUUCAAAUGCAGGAAAACAACUGAGCGAUUCCGAAGACGAUGAACCUGUUGAGGCUCCCAUAGCCAAGAAAAGCAAGGAAGCUGCCCCAGCAGCAGCAGCAGCUGCACCUGCGGCGUCACCCAAAAAGGGCGGCAUUCCAAAAAUAACUGUUGGCAAGAUUCCAGCGGAUGUUCCCAAGGAUCAGGUUAUUCACGUCUCCAACAUACCAAAUGAGUACAAACAUCUCGAUUUGGUUGCUCAGUUCACCAAAUUCGGGCCCCUCAUUGCAGUGAAUCGUAUUAAGGGAAAGAAUGACGGCAACACUGUCUUCAUUGCCUUCGAGACAUCUGCAGCGGCCGAGGCCGCUCUGGAAGCCAAGGAGAAGGCCUUGACCUUCUACGGCAAUGUUUUGGUCGUGGGUCGGCCAUUCAACAAGGAUGAUCUGAAUAAUCGCACUGUUGCCGUGGGACUAGUUGGCCGCGAUACCACCAAAGAGCAGUUGUCGACAUUCUUCUCGAAGGUCGGUGAUGUGGAGGCGGUCAACCUGUCCAACAACCGCAGCAACCCUACGGCUUUCGUGCGCUUCAAGUCUGUCGAUUCCAUGCCCAAGGCUCUCAAGCUGCACGGCACCGAGUUGAACUCUCGCUUCAUUACCGUUCGCGAGCCCUCGUACAAGCUCAACUCGAAGAAGUCGCCCGAGCGUACGCUGAUCGUCCAGAAUGGUGCCAAGCACGAGUCCUUCAAGUCCGACGUUAUUGAGAAGAUCUUCAAGAAGUACGGCGACAUUGUGGACAUUGAUGUUGUGUGCACCAACUAUGUCCUAGCCUUUGUCACAUUCAAGGAGCCAGAGCAGGCCGCCAAGGCGCUGCUGCAGCUCAAUGGCAAGACUGUCAGCGACUUGGAGCUCAAGUUGGAGCAAUACACCUUCAACACAUCGCCACGAACCGUUCUGGUGACAAAUCUUGCUGCAGAUGUGACUGAGAGCGACCUACAGGAAUUGCUUGGUGAGAGCGGUCAGAUCGAUUCCGUCACACUGCUGACACACAAGGCUCUGGUCAAGUUCGCCACCAACGAUGGCUUCUGCAAGUCCUUCCUGUGCAAUGAGCGCGUCGUGAAGAACCAGCCCGUAUUCCUAGAGCCCAACUCGAUGCUGAAGCACAAGCUGCUCAAAAAGAAGUCGACCUUGCACCGCAACGGCGGCGGCAACCGCAAGCCAGCCCCAGGUGCCGCCGGCCCACCAAAGUUCAACAAAUUCGGCAAGAAGCCCUUCAACAAACGGCCAGCCCAGGACAACGGUGCAAAGCCUGCUUGGAAGAAGGUCAAGCAGGAGGUCUAAACAGAUUUUAGACUGGCUUAGUCUUAAGUUAAUCCGUAAUCCAUAAACGCAAAACGCCCCUCCCUGCAACCCAAUGCGAAAUAGUGCGUUGAAUUUAGUCAUUAAGUCUGGCGGCGUCAUCGGUGUUGGCGUCGCUUUUUCUUCUCCCCCCGUAAAAGAUUUGUAUAUUACCCGAUGUAAGGGCUGCUCUGCCGCCAUUCACACCACCGAGCCGAAAGCUAAAUAAAAAGAGUCGAGUAAAUGCAAACAAA